AUGUCGUACUCAGAUCAUCAGUACAACCAGGUGAGCGCCGUGCAGCGGGUGUCCCAGCUGCCGCUCGUCCGCUCCGCCCUGGACUCCGUCACCUCGGCGUACACCGAGGUCAAAGGUCGCUACCCUCUGCUGGGCCUGGUGGGCGGGGCUGCCGAGGUGGGCAUGCGCAACGUUUCCAUGGCAGCCAUGCAGCGUGCCACGCCCCUGCUGCAGAGCCUGGAGCCACAGAUCGAGGUUGCCAACGGUUACGCCUGCGUGGGUCUGGACCGUCUGGAGAGGAACUUCCCCGUCCUGCAGCAGUCCACAGAGGAGGUGAUGGGUCACCUGAAGGACGCUUUCUUCGUGACGCUGGACGAUGUGCAGGUGCGCGUGGUGGACGGGCUGGACGGCGCUCUGGAGCGUCUGGAGCGUCUGACGGAGGCGGGCUGGGCGGCCGUGCGGUCACUGCAGGACACGCAGGUGGGCCGCGCCGCCUCGUCCGGCCUGGACGAGGUGCUGAGCCGCCUGGAGGACGCCACCGCCUACUACCUGCCGCUGCCGCCCACGCUGCGUCAGGAGUGGGAGGUGAGGGUGCAGCAGUACGAGGACGAAGACGAGGAUGACGAGCCCAGCGCCUGGACGAGGCUGCGCAGCCUCCUGCUGACGCUCAGCCUGCAGCUCCACCACCGCCUGCUCAAGCUGCGCGAGCGGCUGCAGGACUCCGCCAGGACGCUGAGCGACACGAUCACACCUCUCAAAUCACACCUCUCAUAUCACACCUGUCAGAUCACACCUACCGGUCUGAACCGGGUUCUGGAGCUGGUGGGCAACCUGCUGCAGUACCAGCAGCGCUUCCUGAUGGCGCUGGUGUACCGUGCCGACGACCUGCGGGAGCUGGCGCUGGCGCAGGUCAGAGGUCAGGCGGCCCUGCUGGCCGAGCUGGGCCCCGUGCAGCAGAUGCGGGAGCUGCCGGCGCAGGUGCAGCUGCUGCUCCGAGACCUGCAGGAGCUCACCAAGAUCCUGCUGCAGCUGCUCAUCAACUCCACGCCGCUCUACAGCAUGGUGAGUCACCACGGCAACGCACACACACACCCUGCUGAGGACUUCAUGUCUGAGUGCACGUCGCGCCGCAGCUCAGGCAACAGCCUCUUCCUGAAGGCCAUGGACGGCCGCCCUCGCCGCCGUAAGAGCCUGUACUCGCGCUCGCCGCGUGGCUCCGGCAGCACCAACAGCCCCCAGAACCCCCCGAGCGCCGCCUCGUCCCCCGCCGGCCCCGCCAACGGCCGCCGGCCCAGCCUGAAGAACGAGGCUCCGCCCCCGACCGUGGAGAUCGAAGGCCUGUCGGUUCCCUCGGAGAGCGCCGUGAGCCGGCGGGCGUCGGCCACCGAGCUGCUGCUCGGGCCGCUCAUGCAGUUCGUGUCCCAGAGCCAGAAGGCCUUCGAGUACCUGAGCCCCAACGCCGCCGACGAGCCCGCCAACUCUGUGGCCGAGACCGCCGACUGCUGA